CUCGCUCCCCCAAUUAGCUUUCAUAUUCUCAAUCUCAACGGCUUCGCCUUCUUUCUUGUCAGCCAUCAGCAAAUUCAUUUCCUAUUUCCUUUUCUUGCUGAUUUGUUUUUUUUCCCCCCGGUAUCUUCGAAGUAAAUUUCUUUGCAGACUAUAUUCAAAUCCCAUAUGCUCAAGUUUGACUUUUUCUGAGGUUUCAGGAGUUGGGCUACCGAAGGGAAAUGGAUUUUGGUGAGAAAAUCGUGUUGGGUUUGGUUUGAGAAUGAAUCAUUGUUAUGGUAUGGAUGGUGGAGUUCUAGAUUUAGAUUCUCUGCCUCCAAAUGUCAUCGAAUGCCGAUGCCUUUUGCUGUCGGCAUUCGAUUCGUUUAGCUUCAGCAUUGCAUCCCGAGCUUUAUCUGACAGUGUUUGUUCUUUCAUUCCGAUUCGGUUUGAUAAUCAGCGUCGGCUUUGACCCCAAGCAAUAUUGAGUUACAACGAAAAUCUAACAAAACAGAAAUCAUUGGCUUUUUUGUUUAGUUAUUGGAUUUUCAGCCCGGAAUGAAUCCGAAUGCAGAUAAUGGACACAGGGCUAGGAAGCCUCCCGAGUUCGAGGAAGAUUUUGUAGAGAAAGAUCCUACAGCCCUCUAUAUUCGGUACAAUGAAAUCUUGGGCAGGGGUGCUUUCAAGACUGUUUAUAGGGGAUUCGACGAAGUUAAUGGGAUAGAAGUCGCUUGGAACCAAAUUAGGAUUGAUGAUCUCCUCCAGUCAGCAGAAGAUCUAUCAAAAUUAUAUUCUGAAGUUCAUCUUUUGAAGUCUUUGAAGCAUGAAAAUAUCAUUAAGUUCUAUAAUUCGUGGAUUGAUGACCAGAAGAAAACUGUUAACAUGAUCACUGAGCUCUUCACCUCUGGAAAUUUGAGGCAAUACCGGGAGAAGCAUAGAUAUGUUGACAUGAAGGCUAUAAAGAAUUGGGCUAGACAGAUUCUUCGAGGCUUGGCAUAUCUACAUGGUCACAAGCCACCUAUUAUUCACAGAGACUUGAAAUGUGACAACAUCUUUGUGAAUGGAAACCAAGGAGAGGCGAAAAUAGGGGAGCUUGGCCUGGCAAUUAUCUUGAAGCAGUCGACAGCUCACAGUGUCAUUGGCACUCCCGAGUUUAUGGCUCCGGAGUUAUAUGAAGAGGAGUACAAUGAACUUGUUGACAUUUAUUCUUUUGGGAUGUGCAUAUUAGAGAUGGUUGCUUUAGAGUAUCCAUAUAUUGAGUGCAAAAGUCCUGCUCAGAUCUUCAAGAAGGUUACUUGUGGCAUCAAGCCUGCUUCGCUUAGUAAAGUGAAGGACUCUCAAGUUAAGGAGUUUAUUGAAAAAUGCAUUGUUUCAGCCUCUCAGAGAUUGUCUGCAGAGGAGCUUCUCAAAGAUCCAUUUCUCCAAGUCGAUGAGAGUCCAAGGGAACCAAUCCCUGAUCUUCUGGAUUUAUCUUGUCAAGCCCCAAAGCUGUGGUUGUCUAAGUCCGAUCCUCUCUCUACGGACAUGGAUGUUGAAUACAAACAGAUUUCCGGGAGUGUGAACACAGAAAGUAACUCUGGAAGUCCACCACAUAGUCCCGUUAUAGAAUUUCAGAGGACACUUGAGAACAACGAAUUUAGGUUAAAAGGGACGAAAAAUGAUGAUACCUCAAUGUCAUUGACAUUGCGUAUAGCUGAUUCAGAUGGUCGAGCAAAGAAUAUACUUUUUCUCUUUUACCUUGAUUCAGAUACUGCACUCUGUGCCUCAGAGAUGGGUGAACAAUUAGAGUUGGCCAAUCAUGAUGUUGUCUUCAUAGCUGAGCUUAUUGAUUACUUGAUAAUGAGACUUAUGCCUGAGUGGAAGCCUUCUGAUUAUUCCUCGUGUGGAGGAGCAAGUCUGAAUGGUGAGUCUCCGAUACCUGGGGAUGGACGAACUGUAACAACAUGCGCAUGGGAUUCUAUUCCAGAUAAUGUUCCCUCUGGACGAGAGUACUGA